UCUAAUUGCUCUGAAGUGAUGUCAGCGGGAGGCAUUCAUCUCGGCGGCAGUGGAGGAUGCACACGCACAGUCUCCCUGCCAGAAGCAGGCAGGCAUCCACUGGAGCUGACACAAGCGCUCUAUUUAUCCCACAACUCUGGCAAGUCCUUCCAUCACAUACUGUCAUCUCGGGAUGGAGAAUACAAUCUGUUGUGUCACAGAAGACUGAAGAUAGACAUAAGACGCUGCAUCCCAUCUCCUUCUUCAAAGUACUCUCCAGCUUCGGGAAGCGUUUCGUCCACAAGCAGCCUGACUCUAUGUCCCGCGAGGACUCCCUGCCGCAAGAACACAGACCCUGAGGUCGCCACUGGAGUGGCAGAGUUCAGGGGGGGGGGGGUGCACUCGGGCUGAGGGAUAGCGCGCAGAUCUCGUCUCCCGUUUCAGUAUGUUGUUCAUCGAUCCCCACUGCAUUGCAUUAUAAUGCGCAAAUGGAUGCUGACAUGGAACCUUCCAAAUCUGUUCUCGGGACUCUACCUGCAUGCCGUCUUCCUAUUCAGCAGCGCGUGUGUGGUCUACAGUGACUGCACUCCGGCGCAACUCGCUGCCAUCGUGAACUGUUCGAGACACGAGCGUCACACUAGGAAUUACGACUACAUGGAGGGAGGAGAUGUGCGGAUCCGACAGCUGUUCAGCCGCACCCAGUGGUUCCUGACCAUUGAUGAUGAAGGCAACAUCAAUGGGACGCAAGACCCAACCAACUGUUACAGCAUCCUAGAGCUCAGGACAGUGGCUGAGGGGGGCAUACUGGCUAUCAAAGGCAUUAAGAGUCAGCAUUACAUCUCCAUGAACAAAGCUGGACAGCUGCAAGGGAAGAGGGCCUACAACGAAAACUGCAACUUCAAGGAGGUUUUCCUAGAAAACUACUUCAACGCUUACUCCUCGGCAAAGUGGACUAAAAAUGGCAAAGAAAUGUUCAUAGCGCUGUCUCAGAAGGGACGGCCCGUGCGAGGGAAGAAGACGAGGAGGGAGCACGUCGCGUCGCACUUCAUCCCCAUGAAAUGCAGGGACGGGGAGAGGAGGGCGGACUGACACAGACCACUCACUAUGUGUAUGAAUUAAGUUACCAGAUAUGUUAACGGACAUGUAAACUCAUCAACAGCUACACAACACUCUUCUCAAGGCUGCCAUCAGCAUCUGACAGCUUCAGGUUUUGCAUUUUGUGUAACCAUGUCAUUCCUUUGCCUUUGGGCCGACAAUCGGCAUUGGAGCAGCGUUGCAAAAUGGCCGCCUGACAAAACGUUCUCCUGUCCCUGACUGCAGUUUUAGUGCCAGUUCGAGACGCUUCAUGGCCGUAGCAGUGCUCCAACAAUUUACUCCGCCCAUGCCAAGUUUCUUGAAACAGGUUCUGUUAUUGACAAACCAAGCGCGGCACGAGGCCUGCCGCUACCGACACUGAUGAAAGCAUUGAACUGCUAGAGCAGGCGUUCACGCAAAGCCAGGUAAAGUCUAUCAGGAAGGCAGCCCAGGGACUCAGCAUCGACAAAAACGCAAUUCGGCGGAUGCUUUGGAACAUGACAAAGUUUUACCGUUCCCAGCUUCAGGUUGCUGAGCAUCAUCAUCUUCCGCUUGAAGCCUUUGAAAAACAUGAAGUGGGUACAACUGAAGCUUUAACACUCUUCCAAGUAUCCGUUGAACUGAGCUUUUGUCGAUGCUGAGUUCCAGCGCAGCCAUCUGGACAGAGUUUACCUGCCUGGCUAGCAGUUUGGUGUUUCUCAUUAAUAGUGGCUGCGUGGUUUGUAAAGAACACAUCCUGUUUUGAGAAACAUCCCAUGGAUCGCGUAAGCUGCACUACGCAUGAAGCUGCUCAAACUGGUGCUGAAUUGCAGUCAGGGACAGAAAAACUUCUAACAAAAGACAUUUUCUGGUCCACAAAGACAAAGUUUUAGAACAUCUCUGCAAGUGACCCAAUACUUUUGUCCAAAUGGUACAUGUCAGGGAAAACUACAGGCCAACAUGUUAUAACAUCCUGUCUUCAGAUGAAACUACAGAUGAGAAAACAGCAAAGUAGUUUGACUUGCGCCACAAACUUUUAAAUCACUACUCAGUUAUUGUUAUUUUAUUAUUAAAUAUUAUAUUUCUUUAUAAAGGUU